ACAUCAACUCAAAUCCACCGUUCUUUUGAGGAGAGAUGCAUUAGUACUACUUAAUAGAAUAAAGAGUUAAAUGAUUUCGUGUGAGUUUAACUCCGUUAAUAGAGACAUCGUACUAUAUGUGUAGGAGUUGGGGUUCGAACCUCGGACCCUCAACUAAUUCAGGUGAAAUUUUGAUCCUAUUAUUAAGUUAUGUAUCUUUAACUCAAGUGAUAAACGUGAAGAAUUCAACAUUGAAAGUUAGAAAGAUGGCCAUAAACAUUGGAUCUUGCAUCCUUCUUCAUCUACUAGUAAUCAAGCUGUGUUCUUAUGGAUUCCAAGCAAGGGAAUUGGUUGAAACAGAAAACAAAUCAAUGGAAAUUCAUCAUAAUCAUAUGACUCAUAAUAUUGAUCCUUCAUUAAUGGUUUUCUUCACUUUGAAAGAUUUGAAAGUAGGAAAAAAAAUGCAAAUUUAUUUUCCUAAGAGAGAACCAUCAACUUCACCUAAGUUAUGGCCAAAAGAAGAAGCUGAAUCACUUCCUUUCUCAUCAAACCAACUCACAUAUCUUCUCAAAUUCUUCUCUUUUUCUCCAAACACUCCACAAGCUAUGGCUAUGGAAAACACCUUAAAGGAAUGUGAGAGUAAACCCAUUAAAGGAGAAGUUAAGUUUUGUGCUACCUCAUUAGAAUCUAUGCUUGAAUUUACACAAAAUGUUCUUGGUUCAAAAUCUGAAAUCCAAGUUUAUGCAACUUUGCAUAAAACAAAAUCAAGUGUUACUUUUCAAAAUUACACUAUAGUAGAAAUUCUAAUGGAAAUUCUAGCUCCAAAAAUUGUAGCUUGUCACACUGUACCUUACCCUCAUGCUGUUUUUUAUUGUCAUAGUCAAGAAAGUGAGAAUAGGGUGUAUAAAGUUUUAUUGGGGGGUGAGAAUGGUGAUAAAGUUGAAGCUAUGGUGGUUUGUCACAUGGAUACAUCACAAUGGUCACCUAGUCAUGUUUCAUUUCAAGUUCUUGGUGUUACACCAGGAAGUUCUUCAGUGUGCCACUUUUUUCCAGCAGAUAAUUACAUUUGGGUUCCUAAGUUGAAAUCACAAGGUUCUUCUAGCAUGUGAUUUGUAGUAUAGUACUAGUGUGUGUGCUUGUUAUUUGUGUUUAUGUGCCUUAAUUAAUGGUACUAAAAAAAUAAUUGUGUGUUGUUUGAAGAGCUAAAUAAUGUAAAAUGAAUUUGUUUUAUCAGUGUAUGUGGGAGUCUCUGCAUUUAGUAUAAUUUUGUUGUAAUUUUGAAAAAUAAUAAUGGUGUUUUGGUGUGCUUA